AAAGUUACCCGACUAACACUGUUACGUAGAUAGGGCUCACGUCACGGUCAUUUUUAUCAGGGCAACAUUCCCAUCAACGGGAAUGCACGGACAUUGAAAUGAAAUCAUAAUUUCUCAACCGAUUUUUGUGAAAUUUAUUUUUUUUUAUCAACGCCAAAGCGCGAGCAAUCAAUAUAGGAUAUUUAAAAUUAAGAUGUGUUGUGUCCUGGUUGACAAGUUGAGACAGACGUCAAGGUGUGUCGGUGUGACGGUUUCAGCGCAAGGAAGCUGUUACUGCACAUCUCAAGUGUGUCACGGGGGAAACUUCGCACAAGUUUUGCUUGCGUCUGUUCUCACUGCACGACUGUCGUCAAUUCAUAGUGCUGACAUCAUUUCGGAGGAGGGAAGUCCUAAAGUAACGAAGCCGCACAGCCACAAAAAGGCAGGAGCCAUGCUGGUUGAAUUGACGCGCUUCUGGCGACUUAAAGUGACUUUUUGUGGACUCUGAGCCUUGCAUUCUUGCAAGUGCCGCCCACGAGACAAGCAGGAACCUCAAGAUCCACAAUGGAAAGAGCCUGAAACAAGAGUUCCUUCCUUUUACUGCCCCUUGUCAUUAUCUGUCAUGGCCACUCUGCGUCGAUUCAGCUCUGAGGGAUCCCUCCUGGAUCUUGAUUUCUUCGCAUUGAGGAAGGUGAACCUCAAGAGGACAGACUAUGACAAACGCCGUGAAUCUGGCACAUACACGCCUCGUUUUGCUGAAGAUGAGGGAGAUGCAGAGCAGCCUCCUAUCAUUCAGGAGCCAAGUCCUUCUAAAGCUGGGAAGAAAGAACUGAUUAAGGAGCACAGUGUCAGUGUGGAGAACUUGAGAGACCUGGAGAAAAAGAGCAAGAACCAACUUGAAGCGUGUUCCAUCGGUGAAGGCUAUAGGGCCUACAGUGAUAGCCAACUGGCCCCUGCUGCAAAGGGAAGCACGGAGAGUGUAGAACGAGAUGACCUCCCUUCUCCAUCUGCGUCAUUGUGCUCCAAUCCGUUUCCCCUCAAAUCCCUGCAUCGAGCCAAACUGUCAGCUGCUAAACUGCACCUCAAGAGUCUGUUUGGUCAGAGUCCCCAUUCCUCAAAUUCCAACCUUUCAAACACAGAACAAAAAGACAGUCCCAAAGAAAGGCGGUCGCGUUUGCUCUUCAUGCGUCAGUGGAGCCAGGUGGGCCACAGUAAGAAGCACAAGCUAAAUCGAGAGGAACUGGAAAAAUGGGCCGAGUCUUUGGACUGCCUGCUGGCCAGUCAAAUUGGGAUUUCAGUGUUUGGGUCAUUCCUACGUUCUGAGUUCAGUGAGGAAAAUCUGCAGUUCUAUCUUGCCUGUGAGCAGUACCAGCAUUCAUCCAACAACUUCAGCCUGCAGAGAAGGGCAAAGGAUAUCUGUGCUACCUACAUCCAACCUGGUUCACCCCGGGAGGUGAACUUGGACUGCAAGACCAGAGAGCUAACCAUCCAGUUGCUGCAGGCUCCCUCUCACACAUCACUGUCCCAUGCACAGAAGCGCAUCUACUGGCUGCUGGACAUGGACUGUUACCCCCGCUUCCUCCAGUCCACUAUCUAUCUCUCCUUACUGCAAGAGGCUGACUAGCAACCACAACUUAUUGCACGUAAACUGUGAAUGCAGUAGUCCUGGCUUUGCCACUUAAAGGAUAGAAACAGCAAAGUACAAAGGGGCACUAAAGCUACACUGAGAAGCGGGGGAGUCAAGAAUAAAUUUGUAAUAUUAGUCAUAGAUUUGUAAUAUUGUGAAAAAAUUACAUUAUGAGAAGUAUUUUGACAGAAAUAUGGUGAUGUUACAAGAAUAAAAUUCUAAUUUUAAAAAUAAGUCCAAAUUCCCAUACAGCUAGACUGUAUACACUAUGCUACAAUCAACUCAGAAGCUGUUGUCUGUACUGACUGUCCAACAGCAUAUUGUUUAAAAAAAUUAUGAUAUAAAUGCUCCAAAAGAGGUACUUUGUUUCAUCAUUUAAACAAUCUGAAUGAAAUUAAACUGCUCACAGUUAGAAUUGUGUUGAUUUUCUAAAACUUUGACUGUGAGGAAAAAAUGUUCCCAACAGUCCUUGGUUUCGCGCGGGUAUUGUGCUGAUGACAUCAUUACUAAUUACUUUUUUUCUUCUAUUGUCAAUCCAUUUUCCUGUCCUCAUUUGAAUUGUGAGUAAUUGUAAUUGUGACUUCAUCAAAAAACUGAGGCUCCUGUACGCCCUGGUUUGGAAACCGGGAAACAAAACAAAACUAAAAAAAAUCCAUACUCACUUUUGUACAAUUAAGACUUGUACUCAGAUCGCCUGCCACGUAUUUUUGUAAUGGAAGAAGCUGGAUGACUUUGGGAAAACUCAGGCGUGGUUUUGCUUAAUUCUUUUUUUCAUGAAUGAUGAACUCCUUUUAACAGUAAAUGUUUGCUAAAUUAUGUACCAGAACGACGGAGUACACUGGUGCCUGUGCAAUUUAGGAUUGCUCAGGCUUGGCAGAGGUCUGUGGGCUAAUGAUUGCUGUUCCUCAUUCAGCUGAUUUUGAAAUAUCUCCUACAAUACUGAAGUAAAAAAAAAAAAAAAAUCCUGCCUGAACAUCUGUCCCAUCUGAAACAUGAGCCGCUUAUCCUCAAGAGGGUCGCGGGAGUGCUGGAGCCAACCCAGCUAUCUUCAGCAAUCCCGUGUCCCUCAUGAGGAUAAGGGCUCAGAAAAUGGAUGGAUGGAUUUACAAUAAAACUGAAAAAUGAGUAUGAUUUUUUUGUUUUGGAUAUUUUUGGUAGAGGAUGUAAUAUUUUUACCAUAAUAAUUUAGUGGCUACAACUGAGCAGUUGUCAGUAGUUCCAAGUGAACAUGUUUGUCCAGCACGUCAUGGUUUAUGUGUGGCCAAGUCAUGAUGAGCUGUUUCAUUUUUUUUUUUUCAAAUUAACGUGUGUGUGUGUGUGUGUGUGUGUGUGUGUGUAAUAGAUCCAGUUUCUUAGCCGCUUAUUCUCACAAGGGUUGUGGGAGUUCUGGAGCCUAUCCCAGCUGUCAUCGGGCAGGAGGUAAGGUACACCCUGAACUGGUUGCCAGCCAAUCGCAGGGUACAUAGAGACAAACAGCCACUCACAAUCACAGCUAGGGGCAAUUUAGCGUGUCCAAUUAAUGUUGCAUGUUUUUGCGAUGUGGGAGGAAACUGCGCAGGGACGGGGAGAAU